AUGAAUGCCACGGACCCCAGCGCUCAGAGCGUACAUGGCGUGAAUCCGCAGACGCUUGUGGAAAAAAUCAUGCGCAAUCGCGUCUAUUCAAGUGUGUACUGGAAAGAGCAGUGCUUUGGACUUACAGCUGAAACACUCGUGGAUAAGGCCGUCGAGCUGUCGGAAUUUGGCAGCACGUUUGGUGGAAAUCAACAGCCGACCCAUUUUUUGUGUCUUUUACUCAAAAUGCUGCAGUUGCAACCGGAACUUGAGGUGGUAAAGCAGUUUAUUGAGAACGAGGACUAUAAAUAUGUGACAGUUUUAGGAGCGGUCUAUCUGCGACUUGUGGGCAAACCUAUCGAUGUAUACACGCUUCUCGAGCCAUUACUGAGUGACUAUCGCAAGAUCCGUCGACGCAAUGUCAUUGGCUGGGAUAUCACGUACGUAGAUGAGAUUGCAGACGCGUUGCUGAAUGAAGAGUUUUACGUGGACUUGGUACUGCCGAAAUUGGUGGCGAGAGAAGUGCUAGAGAGGAACGAUGGCUUGGCACCGCGGACGAGUCCACUGGAGGACGAACUAAAUGAAUUAAGUGAAAGUAGUGACAGUGAGUGA